UAGUAGAAAAAUGUAUGAUUUGCAAUUAUUGUUCGGACUGUGAAGAAGAAGCUCGCCUCUAUUUGAGUACAAUAAAAGUUUACAUUUGUCUAACUGUGUCAUUAGUACAAAUAAAUUUCUAAUCAACACGUGCAUAUUACCGAUCAUCAAUGGAGAGCACUAACAGUUGCCGUUUUUCUAGAUAUUUACCGUUUCGAACAAGCUGUCUAAAGAUAAUUAUGAUGAACAUAUGUAACGGCAUGCUCUUACUAGCAGAAAUACUAUUUAUUAUUUUAAAAGUUUUUUAUUUCAUUUGCGAGAGCAUAUUCACGAUAUUCAUUCCAAUGACAAAAAAGAGCGUAGCUAAUGAAAUUGUUUUGGUAACAGGUGCAGGUCACGGUAUCGGGAAGGAAUUGGCGAUUGGUUAUGCAUCAUUAGGAGCAACAGUGGUAUGUUGGGAUAUCAAUGAAGAAACCAAUAAACAAACGAUGAACGAGAUUAAAAUGAUGGGGAAAAACGCUGUCUACGCAUAUCAAUGCAACGUAACAGAUAGGGAAGAAGUCUUUAAGGUAGCUGGAAAUGUGAGAGAAGAAGUCGGCGAUGUUACAAUUUUAGUCAAUAAUGCCGGUGCAGUAUGUAUUAAAAAGCUUCUAGAUCAAAGCGCCGAUGAAAUUGUACGAAUUAUAGACAUCAAUUUAAUAUCGCAUUAUUGGAUGUUGCAAGCGUUUCUACCAAAUAUGAUUAAAAAAAAUCACGGUCACAUUGUAGCAAUCUCAUCAGUAACAGCAUUUUGUGGCGCUGCAUAUGGUACAAUUUAUUGCCCCACAAAAUCCGCAAUCAAAGUACUUAUGGAAGCUAUCAGUGAUGAAUUGCGUAUACAUAGCAAAGGAAAAUCUUUGAUUAAAUUCACUACUAUUUAUCCGUUUUUUGUAUCGACUGGAUUUGUCAAAAAGUUAACAAUAAGAUUUCCAAAUAUAUUGAAAGAACUUAAACCACAGAAAGUAGCUUCACUGACCAUUGACGCGCAAAGAAAAAAUUUGGAAGAAAGAAGUAUACCUUCACAUUUGUUGCCGAUGUUAUAUUUGAUGAGAUUUUUACCCAACAAAGCAAUCAGUUGUAUAUAUGAUUUUAUUGAUAUCGGCGUUAACGCAGAUGAUUAAAAAAUAUGGAUAAAUACGA